GGUUGGGGCCUUGGGGGGCGCGGAUUGAGAGGUUUGGACUGGAUGGCCGGUUGAAGCCAAGAUGGUAAUCUUGGGUUUUUGCUUCGCUUCGAUUUAGUUCCUUGCGUGGUAGGGUUAGCUGUUCCAAAGGAAGCUGCGUUUCUUGAUUUUUUUCCCCACCAACUGAGCUUGCUUGUUUUGGGUGCAUUGUAGUAUUGGUUUCAGAUUCAAGCAUUAUUUUCUUGUAGGAUUUGUCGAAUCAGGUUUGUGGUUUAUCGUAGUUUGAAUUUGAAGUUCGACCACUAAAUUGUAAUUUCGGGGCGCACUGGCUUCUAGAUUAAAUUUCGUUGUCCUUCCUGCUUUGCCCUCUUUGCGCUGCCCCUGCCCCACAUCCGUAUCGUCGUUUGCUACCACUAGCUUGCCACUUGCUUCAUGCGCCUCGGUGUAUGCUUAAUUGACAGCCGUCGCGUUGCAUCGGUGAGGUGAAAUUUUUCGGGUUGCGGCCUCAAGUGGGUGUUGGCCUCUACCUGCCUUUGCCCAUGCCGAUUUCUUUUCUCUGGUAUAUGGUCCUCGUUUAGUCAUGUGGUCCUACACUCCUACAUGAUUUUGUGUACCUUGCUGAUUCGAUUUAAGUAAUCAGUUGCCUGCUAUGUGCGUGCUUAUCACCAGAAGAAAAGAAACCAUAAAGAUGUGAUUUUGACGCUUUUGGGGUGUAGCUUGGUUGUCCUAACUGCCCCUUUUUAUUUCUCUAUAACCAAUCAUGUUAUCUCCGAUUCUUUAGCUGUGCUUUUGAGCACAAACUUCCUCUAAAUAUCCCAUCGCUUUCUGGAAGCAACUUAAGCAGGCAACUGAUUCAGUGGUUUAGCUGGGCUUUCUUAGAUGCUAUAUUUAGCAGGAAACUGUUAGUGUCAUAACUUAAGCAGGCAACCAUCUAGAUCUCACCAGUCUGCAAAUUGAAUGGAAACAAGGUCUAAUCGAUUUAAGGUACCCUUUUUUCUGUAUGGAUGCUACUCUAACUUUAUUUGUUGGUUGGGGGGUUGCAGAGCUUCUACAUGGUCUGUGAAAUCUAAUGCAGUUAAAUUUGAUCUUCCAUGUAGCUAUAAAACUGUGAUAUCAAUAUUUUAUGAUGAACUACUCAUCCUUUGCUUGUACAGAAAUAGUUCUCGACAAAUCAGUAGAAAGGGACUUCGGAAAGAAACUAGGAACAUCAUAUACAAACAAACCAUGGAUCUGUAUCUGUUGCCAUAUAUGGUGACCAUGAUAAGCCUGCUCUUAUUACUUAUCCAGAUAUUGCCUUGAACCAUAUGUCUUGUUUCCAAGGACUGCUCUUCUGUCCUGAAGCAGCUUCAUUGCUGCUCCAUAAUUUUUGCAUUUACCAUAUCAGCCCCCCAGGACAUGAGUUAGGAGCUGCUCCGAUUUUGCUGAGCACACCGGUGGCAUCUGUUGAUGAUUUAGCAGAUCAAGUUGCAGAUGUACUUGAUUUCUUUGGAUUGGAUUCUGUUAUGUGUUUAGGUGUCACUGCAGGCGCAUACAUUCUUACUCUAUUUGCAACCAAGUACAGAGAACGAGUACUAGGACUUAUCCUUGUUUCACCUCUAUGUAAAGCUCCCUCAUGGUCAGAGUGGUUUUAUAAUAAGGUAAUGUCAAAUUUGUUAUAUUAUUAUGGCAUGUGCAACGUGGUAAAGGAUAUUUUGUUGCAGCGCUACUUGGGCAAGGGAGUACGUGGAUGCUCUAAUGAACCUGAAUCAGAUAUUGUGCAGGCUUGUAGAAGUUUUCUAGAUCAACGGCAGGGCAUGAACGUGUGGCGGUUUAUUCAGACUAUCAAUGAGUAUAUCCCUUUCCUUGUCCAAUUCUUAUAUGAUGAACUCAUACCUAGAUAUGUAGAAUCAAUAUCCUGCCAUGAUUUAUACAGGAGAAAAGACUUGACAGAAAACCUGAACCAGCUGCAGUGCAGAACUCUUAUUUUUGUUGGUGAGAAUUCCCAGUUCCAUGCUGAGGCUGUUUACAUGACUGCAAAGCUUGAUAGCCGAUAUAGUGCUCUUGUGGAGGUACAAGCUUGUGGGUCAGUUGUGACCGAGGAACAGCCACAUGCAAUGCUUAUACCAAUGGAAUACUUCUUCAUGGGAUACGGUUUGUACAGGCCAAGCCAGAUAAACUGCAGCCCUCGCAGCCCUCUGAAUCCGUUCUGCGUAUCGCCGGAGCUCCUCUCGCCCGAGAGCAUGGGGGUGAAGCUAAAGCCAAUCAAGACGCGAGCCAACCUCAAAGUGUAGGAACAGAUGAUGAGAAGAUGUAGGAACUGAUGUGUAUUCCUUGAAUUUUUUUUUUUGUGUGUGUGGUGGAGUGACAUAGCUGUUGUUACCAUGAUGUACAUAGAAAAGAGGUUAGGUCGGUGAGGGU